AUGCGCUUUCUAUUAUCCGCGGCAUUGGCCCUUUCUUUUGCGGCCACAGCAUCGGCCAUCAGAACUCCAGGUAUCCAGCAGAUUUUGGGCCCGAAGCUAUCGAGCGGAGCAAGCAUUGUGUUGUCUUCCUCUGGUGCUCCAAGGUGGUCGCAAUAUGAAGCGCCUCGUGCACAGAUAGUUGUCAACGUCGGCUCAGAGAAGGACGUCGCGGAAACUGGCCAGGUCAAAUACUGCAAUGAGAACCGGCUUGGGUUCCUAGCCCAGACAAGUGGCCACGGCUGGGCGAACACUUGGACGCUCGACAAAGGGGACGUCAUCAUCAACUUACGAGCUUUAAAUACUGUGAAAGUCGAUAAAACCAAAAAGACAGUAACCGUCGGUGGAGGUGCGAUAAUUAAGGAAAUUGUCGAAGAAGUUUACAAAAAUCGGCUCCAUGUUGUAUCUGGAGGCUGCAACUGUGUUGGCACUGGCUUCAUGCUUGGAGGUGGAUUGGGGCGUUUGAUGGGGGAGUAUGGCCUGGCAAUCGACAAUCUGCUUUCUUUGAACCUUGUCACAGCAGAUGGAAACACGAUCACUGCGUCAGCUAGUAGCGGCGAUUUGUGGUGGGCACUUCGAGGGGCGGGUCACAACUUUGGCAUUGUGACCUCUUAUGUCGUCAAGGCACAUCCGUGGAUUAACAAUGGUACUCAUUGGAGCGGAAAUAUCGUCUUUUCAGGCGAUCAAGUGGAAGCUGUUACCAAAGCUAUUGAUAAGCUCGUCUUCCAGAAGGCCAUUGCGGUUCACUAUUACUUUGCAGUCGACCCUUCUUCUCAGCAUCCGGUGAUUAUCGUUAACCCAUUCUAUGCCGGCAAAACAGAUGAUGCAAGGAAGGCCUUUAAGCCCAUCUUGGACCUCAAGUUUAUCGCAGACACCACAGGGCCAAUCGCUUGGAACGACUUGAACACAAGCGGUGACUUCUUCUGUGAAAAAGGGAGUCGAAAACCAGCUUACAGCGCGGGAUUAAAAAAGCUAGAUCCUAAAGCUUUCAGAAAUAUUUGGGAUGCCUAUGUCCAGUUCAUAAAAAAAAAUGGGGUCGACAAAGUCGGAAAAAGUGCUGUACUGGUGGAGUGCUACUCUUAUAUAACCGCUCGAGCGAUUAAUAGGGCAUCUACAGCUUAUCCUCACCGAGAUGUUAACUUCCAGGCAUUGAUAUUGGGAUGGUAUGACGACAAGGCCCUAGAUAAAGAGGCUGAAAAAUUGGGGAAAUACGUUAGGGAACAAUGGCUUAGUACUUCUGGCUUCCAGCGCGAUCAUGCGUAUAUCAACUUUGCACGGGGUGAUGAGCCGCUUGCCGCUAUUUAUGGUGAGAGCUGGAGAGUUCGCAAGCUAGCUAUGUUGAAAAAGAAAUGGGACCCGAAAGGCCGCUUUAGCCAGUAUUUUCCUAUACCUGCCGACUACUAA